AUGCGCAUUCUAAUAGCUUUGCUGCUUCUCUCACCAAUAUCAAUAAUUACAGCACAAAAGACUCCAGACGGAAGUAUUGUCCCAUUUUCCUCUCGUCUCCCGGCCUGUGCCUCAAAAUGUGGCCCUCUAUACGAUGUACAGGGAAAAUGUUCCCCUCCAGUCACUACACACGCAGACAACGAUUGUUUUUGUGCCGACGCUCGACUUACGUCAUUCAAAACUGGUCCAGCCGGUGUUUCUUCUGUGUGUGGAGCCACAAUAUGUACAUUGGAGGAUGAAUUGGAAAAGGUCCAAGAAUGGUACUUGGACUUCUGUGGCAGAACGGCAACCCGACCAGAUCAAGAUGAAACUAGUGAUGAUGCCAACACCCCAGAUCAAAAUAAUACGAGUAGCCAAUCAUGGAUCAGCGGACAUUUUAAAUGGGUAAUCAUGGUAUCAAUAAUUUUUCUUAUAAUUAUUAGUGCUUGGAUUUUGGCAUGCAUAUGUCGAAGACGCUAUCUCAGAAAAAAAGAAAAAGAAGUCGAAAUGGCCCCGCCUGUCGCGUGGGGACCCCAUCAGCUUCAAAGUGCAACAGGAGGAUAUAGUCGACAUGACGGUAGUGCUGAGAAAUCAAGAAAUAUACCUCUCAAUGCUAGUAUUAAGACAUCUACCACAAUUUUAGCAACACCCAUCGACACAGUCACUACUAAUAAAGAGGAUUCAACGCUAAAAGUAAAAAAAAGAUGA